AUGGCUGAUCGUUUUCCCUCUUUGGAGGAUUUCUCUGAGGGCCAGACCGAGGUCAUCAAGAGCAACGGCGGGACUGAGGACGAUUUCCUGGCGCGCGAGCGCGCAGCCCUUGGCGAAGAUGCGGAUCAAUUCGCUACUCCCCAGGAUCACGUUGCGACUACAAACGCUGGAGAUGAUGAUCUUCUCGGUGGUGGUGACGACACACCCGCAGAGGAGAUUGGGCAAUUUGAAUCUGCUUUUCCUUCAGUAGAUACUCAGACACAAAAUGAGCGAGUUGCCCCUGGCGGUACAAUCACUGGCUCUGGUUCCCCUUUUCCUCGUACAGGAUACGGCUCAAUGGAGACUGAGGAAGAAGAGCCUGAGCCCAUUCGUCAAUGGCGCGAGAAGCGAGAUGCCGAACUUGCACGACGUGCGCAGAUCUCCGAAGAGAAGAAAGAGGCUACCAUGAAGAAAGCUCAACAAGACAUUGAUGACUUCUACGUUGCAUACAACAACAAGAUCGACAAGCUCAAGGGUCAGACUCGCACCGAAGCUGAAGAGUUCCUGGCCAGCCGUGAAGACACCUCUGCUGGCGGCACUUCAUGGGAGCGCAUUGCCAAAUUGGUUGAUGUGUCGGGCAAGGGAACAACUGGCGGUGCCAGCGGCUCGGGCAAGGAGCGUUUCCGCGAACUGCUUGUCGACCUGCGCAAAGAUCAGGAAGCCCCUGGUGCUAGUGGCAUCUAG